CUCUACCGACUCCCGCCGGAUCAGUGACUGAUCGCGCGCUGGACCAAAGAAGUGAGGCGCGAGAGGCGGGGUUUAUGCAAAUGAGGCGCAGUGAGGAGACGCUCGAGCUUCAGUGAGGCACUUUGUGAACACCACUUCUUAUGAUCUUUCGUCGAUAUAAAAUCAUCGCAACAUGGCCUCAAAGUGCCCCAAGUGUGACAAGACUGUGUAUUUUGCUGAGAAGGUGUCAUCUCUGGGGAAGGACUGGCAUAAGUUCUGUCUGAAGUGUGGCCGCUGUAACAAAACCCUGAACGCAGGGGGACAUGCUGAGCAUGAUGGGAAGCCCUUCUGCCACAAACCAUGCUAUGCUGCCCUCUUUGGUCCAAAAGGUGUGAACAUUGGCGGAGCAGGGUCCUAUGUGUAUGAAGCCCCCGUCAGCAAUAACCUAGCCUCUACUGACUUGAACGCCCCCCCCAAGCCUGCUGAGGAAAAGAAAGUGUUUGUACCCAGGGCACCUGUCAAAGCUUCCAGCAUCACCACCUUCUCUGGUGAGGCCAACCUGUGUCCCAGGUGCAGCAAGAAGGUCUACUUUGCUGAGAAGGUGACGUCCCUGGGGAAGGACUGGCAUCGGCCCUGUCUCCGCUGUGAGAGGUGCAGCAAGACCCUGGCCGCCGGCAGCCACGCAGAGCAUAAUGGCCAGCCAUACUGCCACAAGCCAUGCUAUGCUUGUCUCUUUGGACCCAAAGGAGUGAACACUGGAGGUGUUGGCAGCUACAUCUAUGAGAAGGAGGUCAGCACAGAGGCCCAGCCCUGAGCUACUGCGGUCUCAGGUCCCCAGCCUCAACCUAAGCUCUCCAAUACUAAUACCACAAUCCAACACAGUAUUAUUAACACUAGGCUUUAGCCCCUAUAGCUCCUUCUAUAAGCAGCCCUGAGAGAUCCAAGGCCUCUCUUCCAGCUCCUCCCAUUUAACCCCUGACCCCAAAUAUUUCACCACCUGGCCCAGCCCACCUCAGCCUCCUAGCACUGCAGUCCUCUAAUAUACACUAAUAUAUAUACACUAAUAUACAUAUACACUGACCAAAAGUAUGUGGACACCUGUUAGUCGAUUCCAAAAUCAUGGGCAUUAAUAUGGAGUUGGUCCCUCCUUU